UUUUAAGUGCUUUCAGGUCACACUUUCUGGUGCAAUCGAAAGAAUGAGCUUAACUAAGGCCAUAUUUCUGCUCAGCCUUUUUGCUGUUUUUCUGACCCCCCGGGAAACUGAGGCCCAGGCAACUAUUAAAGACGAGUGGAGCAAGCUGAGCAAGUGCACUCAGGUGGCCAUCGAAACGUUUUCCAAUCUGGCCAACAAAGUUGUUCCGACAGUCUACGAACUAAUGAAGUGCUCGAGAUUCGUGUCUUUGGAUCCGCCAAUCGGAAAACGUCGAAAAGUUACCUGGUACUUGAAAGUCGUCUACGAAUUCUUCAAGAGAAUAGUCUUUGACGAACCGAAAUGUCUGCACGAUCUGCUGAACAAGAUUGCCAAGGAAAUCAAACCAUAUGCAGAGCAAAUCGGCGGACUUGGCUGCUUGGACGAUGAUGAUUUUAUCAUUUAAAAACCAAAGAAUUUACAUUUUACUUCAAUAAAUCAAGAGCAUACGAGGGUCGUUCAUGUCAGCAAAAACUUGUAUUUGUAAAUAGCAAAAUAAAAGCUUAAUCUAAAUGUGAAUAAAGUAAAAUAUAAUUUUAGCAACGUUUCACAAAACAAA